CUCUCUCCUUGUCUCUCCUGGUUUCUCUCACCUUUUCAAAGUUUCUUUCUGUAGCAUUUCCUGCGUUUUGACUACUCAAUGUAGCGUUGUUAGGUAGUUGUUGUUAUACAUAACGUUAAAGCCUUACCUUUUCUUAUGUUUCAUUAGUUCUGUUAGCCAUCAUCAUCAUAGUUGUUUUUUUAAUUAGUAUUUCAAUUUUAACUUGUGCCUUGUCUUGACCAUUCACUGGUUUUAAUUUAAGUACCAAUCUUGAUGGACCCUUAAGUCAUUUAUUUAUACCUUAAAAAAUUCUUUCUUCCUUCAAUCUUUCUUUUUUGUUCUCCUUCUUUUUUUGCUGUUCCUGUUAAAUUUUAACCUUGUUACAUUAGAUGUUUAUUAUAUUGAAUGUAUUUACUAACUGUGUUUAAUUGUUAUGGGUCCCAAUAACGUUACAGUGGAAAGAAAUGCUUCAUCCAAAAGUGAACGGAUCUUCACCAGUAACUCUUUAGAUCAAAGUUCAUCUUCACAAUCAAGUUCACCAUCUUCGGGUUACCUUUCUUACCAUUGUGAUGACCUGGUCAAUGAUCAAAACAGUCUAGAAGAUAAUUUAUAUCAUCAAUUAAAUGAAAAGAUUGAAAUUCUACAACAGCAGAUAACUAUUUUAGAGGAAAAUCAGUCUCUCAACGAUGAAAAGUAUCGCCGAGUCAAACAAGAUAAUAAUAGUCUAUUAAACAAAAUUCACGCUCUAGAAGACCAAUUGAGAGACUUGGAAGUACAAGGUGAAGAGUGGCGUCGAGAAGAGGAGAAAAUGUUGAAGACCGCUAUGGCUCGACAAGAUCGAGAAAAAAGUGACCAAUGUGAUCAACUAAAAGCUCAAAUAUAUAGUUUACAACGAGAAUUACUGGAAGUACGAAGUGAUACGUUGAAACAUCUGACUCUGGUGGAGAAGCUGAAAGAGGAGAAACGCCAUUUAAAGGAGCAACUAAAAUGUAAAGAUGAUGAGUUGGAGGAAUUAAAAAGUGACCUUAUUAAAUCGCGGGAUAUGAACAAAAGGUUAAAAGACGAAGAGAAGGUUAAUUUAAAAAUGAUUGAAGUACUCAGUUUGGAACUGGAAGAGACAAGAUGUCAACAACAACAGAACCAACAGCAUUCACAAUUUCAAGCCAAUGAUUUAACAAAUAAACGUAAAUUAAGUGGUGGUGUUGGCGGAUUAGGUGAAACCAAAGAGGUUAAAUUAUUUUUGGAGUUUAAGGAGGAAGUAAAAAAAUUGAAAGAAGAGAAUAGAAACCUGAGAGAAGCCAAUGAAGAAUUGGAAGCUCAAAUCUUGGCGAAUCAUCUUGAGGAAGGAAGAUCAUUGUUGAGAGAAGAAGAAGCUGCAUCAUCUUUAGCCGAAGAACUGAAUAACCUUUCUUUAGAACCGUUACGAAUUGCUCUGAGGGAACAAAAGGAGUGUAACAAGAAACUUCGUGCCUACAUUGAUGGCAUUUUACUGAAUAUUGUUGAAAAUUAUCCUCAAUUAUUGGAAGUCAAGAAAAAAUGAUCAUCAACUGGAAUCUUCAUUAUUUUUUAUAUGAUAAUUAUAAAUGAUCAAAUCUAAUCGCAGUUACAAUCUUGCUCCAAAUUGUUAGUCAAAUCAUGAUUUGGAUUUCUUGUCACUAGAAAAGCAAACAAAGUAAACUCAAAUUGCUGAGAGAAACAACUAAAUUAUAAGUCAUCCAUUUUUGUAUCAAAUAUUGUACUCUUGUAAACUGGUCUUCAUCGAUUAGUUUUAUCAAAUGAUACAAAUUAUCCAACAUUUUGUCAAAUUACAAUUGUCAUAAUUAUCUUUGACAAUGAUUUACCUUUUUCCCUUUGCCAAUUUGUAUAUUUGAUAUAAAAAAACCAAAGUAUCCAUUUGAUUGGCAAUUUAUUUACCAUUGUUCAAUAUAAUUGUCUUUCAAUGGAUUGUUUUUGCUUACUUCACUAAAAUGAAUUGAAAUGAUGAAUGUAUACAAAAUACAUUGGUUGAUUGAUUCUCUGAUCAAAAACAUCUGUAAAUCUGUCAUUUUAUUUUGCACUGUAAACGUAUUUAACUAAUUAA